UUCUAGGGAAAAAUGAAGUUCAUGGCUAUAAUGACUCUUUUGGGCCUAUUGGCCAUGUUAUUGGUGGCUUCAUCGGAGGCCAGCUAUUGUCCCUGCAAUCUGCGAAAGGCAGAGGUCUGUGGAACCAACGGGGUGACCUACCAAAAUCGGUGUGUUUUUGAGUGCACUCAGCGGGAAUAUAGGAAGCUCGGCAGAAAUCUGAACAUCCAAAAACUGGGAUCUUGUCCAGCCAUGCAGUUCUCUUGAUACAGCAAUUACUUCAUACUUAAAUGAAAAAAA